AUGACCUUAGCACCCUUAGACGCCUCUAAAGUCAGGAUAUCCAUCGCAGAACACCCAUCCGAGCCCAAACCGAACGAUGAGUUGGUCUUUGGCAGAAGCUUUACCGACCACAUGCUAACGGUGGAGUGGACUGCAGACAAGGGAUGGGAUAUCCCGGAGAUCAAGCCCUACCAAAACCUGUCAUUAGACCCAUCUGCAUUCGUUUUCCAUUAUGCCUUUGAAUUGUUCGAGGGAAUGAAGGCUUACAGAACCGCUGACAACAAAAUCACUAUGUUUCGUCCAGACAUGAACAUGAAACGCAUGAACAAGUCUGCCCAAAGGAUUUGUUUGCCAACGUUCGACCCCGAAGAGUUGAUUACCUUGAUUGGGAAGCUGAUCCAGCAGGAUAAACACUUGAUUCCGCAAGGCAAAGGUUAUUCUCUGUACAUCCGGCCUACUUUGAUCGGCACAACUGCCGGUCUAGGGGUCUCUACGCCUGAUAAAGCCUUGCUAUAUGUCAUUUGUUCCCCUGUAGGCCCUUACUACAAAACGGGUUUCAAGGCGGUUAAAUUGGAGGCUACUGAUUAUGCCACAAGAGCUUGGCCAGGCGGUUGUGGCGACAAGAAACUGGGGGCCAAUUAUGCUCCUUGCGUCCUGCCACAAUUACAAGCAGCUUCAAGAGGUUAUCAACAAAAUUUGUGGCUGUUUGGCCCAAAGAAUAAUAUCACGGAAGUAGGUACCAUGAACGCAUUUUUUGUAUUUAGAGAUAGCGAAACGGGCAAGAACGAACUAGUUACCGCCCCACUCGACGGUACCAUUCUGGAAGGUGUCACUAGAGAUUCCAUCUUGAACCUUGCCAAGGAAAGACUCGACCCAAAAAAAUGGUCUAUCAGUGAACGCUACUGCACCAUAGACGAAGUUGCUGAGAAAUCCAAGAUCGGUGAACUAGUUGAGGCCUUUGGUUCUGGUACUGCCGCCAUCGUGUCUCCCAUCAAGGAAAUUGGCUGGAAGGGAGAACAAAUCGACAUUCCAUUGUUGCCCGGCGAACAAACCGGUCCAUUGACUAAAGAAGUUGCACAUUGGAUUAAUCAAAUCCAGUACGGUGAAGUUGAACAUGGUAACUGGUCAAGAGUUAUCACCGAUUUGAACUGA